ACAUGCGUGAAAGUGCGUCCCCGCCCCUUCCCCCUGUUCCGUGCGGAUUCUCUGGGAUCUCUCUCUCUGUCACCUCACAGUAGUCGUUGCCGGUCGCGGGUGUGGGGGCGCGAGCAGCGCAGGGCCGCCUUUCCCCCGCCCUCAGGCCGGGCCCGGGCUCGGUCCCCCGCUCCCUCCUCUCCCCACCCCGGUCGGGUACCGGAAGGUCCAAGCCGCUGCCGGGUGCCCGAGGGCCAUCGUGGCCGCCGCCACGGGUCCUGAUGGAGCCGCCGAAUCUCUAUCCGGUGAAGCUCUACGUGUACGACCUGUCCAAGGGCCUGGCCCGCCGGCUCAGCCCCAUCAUGCUGGGGAAACAACUGGAAGGAAUCUGGCAUACCUCUAUAGUUGUACACAAGGAUGAGUUCUUCUUCGGCAGCAGCGGGAUUUCCAGCUGUACCCCGGGAGGGACAUUGCUUGGGCCCCCAGACUCUGUGGUUGAUGUGGGGAAUACAGAAGUCACAGAAGAAAUCUUUCUGGAAUACCUGUCCUCCCUAGGGGAGUCUCUGUUCCGAGGAGAAGCCUACAACCUCUUUGAACACAACUGUAACACCUUUAGCAAUGAAGUGGCACAGUUCCUGACUGGGCGGAAGAUCCCUUCUUACAUCACCGACCUGCCCUCAGAAGUUCUCUCCACGCCCUUUGGACAAGCACUUCGGCCCUUCUUGGACUCCAUCCAGAUCCAGCCUCCAGGAGGGAACUCUGUAGGCAGACCCAAUGGCCAAAGCUAACAGGACUGCACGGGACCGCCCGCCUCUCCACGGCUUUUCCUUUUUAAACAAAACAAACCCUACCAGAUUUCUAUUUUAUAAUUUUACAUCAGAGCUAACGGGGACGGCUUUUUAAAUUUCCCAGGGAAGGAGCUCAUCAGGCUGCAUGUAGAACAAUGCUCCUGAGAAAGAGAACAAAGCCAUCCCUUCUAAUAGUAUUACACUAAUUUAUUAAGGCUGUCUUGUCUGUGAGUUCACUUUUGACGCUGUUGCCUACGCGUCCUCCACACUGGAGAGAGAGGGUGCUUUUUAAAAGAGAAGCAAGAGUCACAGUCUGGGAGAACCCGACCUUGGACCCUCUUUCCAGAGAACACCGACAUUCCACCCAGGUCGCCACGCCUGUGGGACCCAGGUGAGUUCUGUACUGUCUAUUCUCCUGGAGCUGUCACCCUCUAGCCGUAAACGAACCAAAGGACUUGGAGUACGUGGGGCCAGCUGUAGGCUCCUAACUCAACCUAAGUGAACUCUUUAACCACAAGUUUACCCUCCUCCUGAGACAAGGCCACCCGUCACAGCCGGAGCAGCCAGAGCAACAGGAUCAAAGGAGACUGGCAGCAGGGGUGAGGCCAGAGAAAACAGGAGAAAGCCAUUCAUCCUCCUGUGAGUGCCAAUCCUCGAUGCCCACCCCUAAGCUGCUCUUCCUCAGCAUAGUUUGACCUGUCACCUUUAAUAAAGGUCUAGGCUGCAGCAGCAGAGACCCAGGCCUUCUGUCUGAGAAUAAUUACGUCAGUUAUUUAUAGUCAGUAGAGCCAGCCACUCAACCCAGUAUGGAUUUGUCAGCUAGGUUGAGGGGACUCAAUUGUUCUCCUAAAACAUGUCUCUGAUGUAGAAAGAAUACUGUAAUGAUGUAGAUUCAUGGUGGGAAGAAAAUUUAGAGUUGUCUCCAAUAGGGACUUCACAUUAUCCUUAAUGUGUCUUGAACAGACGCUAUCUCCAUUGUCAUUCUGACCUUUUGGGGUGUGGUUGGGGUGUGAGUGGGUGUUUCCCUAAUGAUAUGCUGCUAGGAUUUCAUAGGCAGGAAUAGCCUAGAAGUCUACGAUCUAGACUCUCGAUUCCAGAGAAACCUCAAGGUUCCCUUCCUUGGUGUCAGCUUUCUACUGGCUAAUGUGGGGAACUGGAUAAGGAGAAGGGAGCUCAGAGCAGGCACCUGAGACUCCACAUCCAUGGGGAGCCCCCCACCAUGGUUCCCUGCCACUUCUGAAACUUGAGCUCAGUUGUUCCUUCUGGGGCAGGCCUUUCCUCCCUAAGAGCUCCUGUUGGCUCACACUUGCCCAUAUCCUGCAGUCUUUGCCACUAGCCAUAGCAGUAGGCAUCGUGGAGAGCUCUGCCUCAAAGCUGACCUUUUGCCUGGCCAGGGCUUUGUCCACCUAGGAUGUCAAGUGAUGUUUUGGAACUGAAAGGUCACAGUCAAAUGGGUCUCGAGACUCAACAGUGUGCAGGCAUGUGUGGCUAUUACAAAGGAAAGCAGAAACCAACAGGGAUUGUUCAGUGUUGACCCAGUUGCCACAGUGGGGCUCAGAAGGAUGAGUGUUCAAAGCUUGGCAUCCGGGAAGGUAGAGGUUGCUGGAAGCCAUCACUUUUUCACUUGCCUGGCCCUAGCUGGUAGCAUCUCUGCCCAGAGCUCUCACCUCUGUCCUAAGGGUGCGGUCACAUGGCUAUUCUCUGGUUUUCUCCUCAUAGCAGUACAAUAACCAUGAUAUUCUGAGAAGUUUGUCUGAGGACUUUAGUCACUUAAUUGCUUGACUUCUCUCCUGUCACGUCUAGCAGCCAUCCAUGCCAGAGUCUGUGGCCAUGGCUAGGAGAGAUAGGAAGACUGGACAGUCUCUGGCCUCAGCAGAAAAGGCAAGCUGUCCUCCCCUGUGCAAGUCCAUUGUCACCAGAGCCCCAGGCCAGGAACCCCAGAUCCCACCUGUACAUUUCCCUGCCAGACUCUCAGGAGGGACUCCACCUGGGCAUGCACCAUGAAGCUGAGAGGAAAAGGAGUCGUGUGGUUCGUGUCACAUGUUGGACACUCCUGUCUGUUGGUCAGUUAGUCAAGGGACAAGGGAAGUGGAGGCAUGAGCCCAUCAUACUUUCCCAGACUGAAGUGUUUCUCUGAGAUUCUUUCGAGACUUCCUUGAAGUCUGACUAAUUAUGUCUAACACGGAGGUGUUGCUGGUUUUCAUUGGUGUUUUUUCUAAUGCAAUAAACUCAUUUCUGCCUGCUG